GAAUGCUUAAUAGCUACUACACCAGAACACUGGUCAUUCCAUGGCUCUUUGCUGUACUAAUUCUGACUUCCAGCUACACCGCCACCCUUAGUUCUAUCAUGACUGUCCAAAAGCUCGAGCCGAUGGUGGAUAACGGGAGGGUUGGGUGUAACGGUGACUCGUUUGUUGUGAAGUACCUGCAAGAUGUACUAGGCUAUAAAGAAAAAAUGAUUGUGAAGCUUGGAGCAGAAGAGAACUAUCCCAAGGCUUUUGAGAGUGGAAACAUCACCGCUGCUUACCUCGAGAUUCCAUAUCUACGAUUAUUUCUUUCACGGCAUGAUGGUUAUACUGUCUAUGGGGAGACCCACAGGCUUGGAGGCUUUGGUUUCGCAUUCCAGAAAGGUUCACCAAUAGCUGCAGAUAUAUCUGAAGCCAUACUGGAGCUAGCCGAGGAUGGGAUAAUGAAGCAGCUGGAAAAAAAGUGGUUCUUCUUCUCUUUGUCCAACUGUCCAAGCCCAGAUAAUAACGAUAGUAAAACAGACAGCUUAAGUCUCGAUCACUUUUGGCAGCUCUUCCUCUUUACUGGUGGCACUUCAACUACUGUUUUUCUAUUGUUUGUUGCCCGUUUGCUCCAAAGAAGGCUUACCUCCCACCAACAAGCAGAUGAGUCCCCAAGAGAGAGGUUCAGAAGACUAUGGAGGUCUCUAAUAUCUAAGAUCAAAAAAAUUUGGAGGUCUAUGAUGUUCUGGGGGAAGAAUGAAGCUCAACUCUCCAGUUUACCUAUCACAUCAGCUCAAGAGGAAAAUGGAAUUUCCACGGGCAGUGGAAGAAUUAACAAUGUCGAAUCAGAAUCUCAUGACAAUGAUCUCAUGGAUGCAGAGCCUCCUCACCAUGGAUAG